AUGAGACAGGGAGAAAUGGCUUUUCCUGGAUAUCCUGUACCCAAUGGUACCAAUGUUGACCUGAAAGAGAAAACUGUAUUAACAAAUCUUCGGUCAGUUGCUCAGAGUAUGAAAGGAGGUGUGCCUGUGGAUCGAUUACAAGAAGAUUACAGAUCUAUUCUUGGAGUAGGAAUUCCUUUUAGAGAAUUGGGAUAUCGAUCUUUAGAUGGUUUUCUUAGAGAUAUUCCUGAGGUGAUUCGGCUGGAAAAGGGUUCUGAUGGAAGAUUAAUGGCUUUAGGUGUUGCAGACUCUUCAACAGCACAUAUUGUAAGUUUGGUUUCAAGACAGAAAGCUGGAGAUGCUCGUCGAGGCAAGCGAGGAAGAAAAGCACCAUUGCACUAUGCUGCCAGAGUUCCACGAUAUCCUACAAGAGGAAGUGGUUAUUCUCCAACUUAUGCUGCUCAAAAGUUUAAUAAAACUUCAUCAUUCCCUACCUCAAAACAAUUUCUUUCACGAAGAAGUCCUCCCAGAAGGAGUUCUCCUCCUCAAAGAAAUCCCCCUCCUCAGAGAAGUCCUCCACCUCAGAGCAUUCCUCCACCUCGAAGGAGUCCUUCUCCUCCUCAAAGGAGUCCUCUUCCUCCAAGGAGACCUAUAUAUAAGAAACCUGAGACUGUAGCAGUCCAAUCUGAUAAUGCCUUUCCUAAUGCUACUUCAACAUCUAAAGGACCAAGUUCAUAUCGACGCAGCAGCAAAACUGAAAUUGCUCCCCCGUUUUCUACGUCUGAUUGA